GACGUCACUCCGGUCCCGCCCCCAACGCAAACUCAGUUCUUCGCGUUCAUUUCAUUCUUGCCCUCAUUCCGCGCAUACUUCACAUCGUUGUUAGAUACGCGGAAUAGUCGCGCUCUUGCGCUCCGACAAGAAAAAAAAGUGAUCAGCUGGAAAUAAAUCAGAGCGUGCGCUCAGUCCACAGCAUCAGACACAUUUAAAAGACUGAGAUUGUGCAAACAUCCGCAGAGAUUUUCAUUAGGCUACUUGUGGAGGUUCAGAAAACACUUUUUCCUUCGAUCCGUGCCAGCUAGUUUACCACGGCUUCUUUGUAACAGUCAGUGUGCCUAGAGUUCUCCAGGCUCGGGCUCCGAAAUCCCAGCUGUUGCCAUGGAUCCCAGCAGCUGGAGUGGCAGUGAAAGUGCCGGCGAGGAUAUCGAGAGGAUGAGCGACUCGGCUGAUAAGCCAAUGGACAACGAUGCAGAGGGCGUGUGGAGCCCUGACAUUGAGCAGAGCUUCCAGGAGGCCCUGGCCAUCUACCCACCCUGCGGACGACGGAAAAUCAUCCUGUCCGAUGAGGGGAAAAUGUAUGGUCGUAACGAAUUAAUCGCCAGAUACAUCAAACUCAGAACGGGAAAGACACGGACGAGAAAGCAGGUUUCCAGUCAUAUCCAGGUUCUUGCCCGGAGGAAAUCCAGAGAAUUUCACUCCAAGCUAAAGGACCAGACCAUGAAGAAUGAUGCGAUCAACAGGAUGGCGGCCAUGUCUUCAGCGCAGAUCGUCUCGGCCACGGCCAUCCACAGCCGGCUGGGGCUCGCGGGACUCCCUCGACCCACCUUGCCUGGGGCAACAGGGAUUUGGCAAGUGUCAACAGGGCAGCCUGGUUCCUCACAAGAUGUGAAGCCGUUCGCACAGCAGAAUUACCCCAUCCAGACGGCCACAGCCAUCGCAGCUUACGAGUCCCCCACACCCCUGGCAGCCGCAGGGCCGGCGUGGCACGGGCGCUCUAUCAGCACCUCUAAACUGCGGCUGGUGGAGUUCUCCUCCUUCCUGGAGCAUCAACGGGACCCAGAUUCAUACAACAAGCAUAUAUUUGUGCACAUCAGCCAGACGAAUCAUUCGUACAGAGAUGCGCUCCUGGAGACAGUGGACAUACGUCAAAUCUACGACAAAUUUCCUGAGAAGAAGGGUGGGCUGAAGGAGCUGUUUGGAAAAGGACCUCAGCAUGCCUUCUUCCUGGUCAAGUUCUGGGCCGACCUCAACUGUAACAUCCUGGAGGAUUCUGGUGCAUUCUACGGCGUGACCAGUCAGUACGAGAGCUCAGAGAACAUGACCAUUACCUGCUCAACAAAGGUCUGCUCCUUCGGGAAACAAGUGGUUGAAAAAGUUGAGACGGAGUAUGCGCGGUUUGAGAACGGCCGUUUUGUGUACAAGAUCAACCGGUCUCCCAUGUGUGAAUACAUGAUCAACUUUAUCCAUAAGCUCAAGCACCUGCCUGAGAAGUACAUGAUGAACAGCGUACUAGAAAACUUUACCAUCCUACUGGUGGUGACGAACAGAGAAACUCAAGAGACCCUACUGUGCAUAGCCUGUGUGUUCGAGGUGUCCAACAGCGAGCACGGCGCUCAGCAUCACAUCUACAGACUGGUCAAAGACUGAAUCUCCUCGACUCACACGAGUAACACUCAGAGCAGACUGCCCACAGAGAGUGAAAAAAACUCAACAGUGGAGACUUUAAACUCACUGAGGCUUUUAGGCUACACAGCUGACGACCGCCGAGGAUGGCAAAGCCUAACGGACUAAGAAAAGCCUUUGAAUGACUCACGACCUCAUUUUAAGUGGCUGUGCCUCUGCCAGUCCCACCUAGAAGGCUUUUGUCAUGUUUUGGGCGAGGUCUGGAAUGAAUAAUUACAUUAUAAUUUGUUUAUCACUUGUGUUUUGGUGUUUAUUUUUCUUUAACCUGUUGUAUGCGUGAAAUGGUACGGUUUUGUUACUUUGUUCGGAUGUCUGUUUAACUUGGUUGAUGUUUUAAACCAACAUUGUGUUUUUGAAAGAACGUUGCUUGUAUAAAAUCGUAUUGUCAUAGUACAUGAAAGCUUUUUUUUCUGUUGUUCAACCUUUUAUUCUCACACUACAUGUCAAAGACUUCGCCCCUGGUAUUUUUUGACCUUUAGUGGAUUUAACUUUAAUGAAAGAGCAUAAAAAGGUACUGUAUUAUUUAUGUGGAACUACCUGCCUUACACUGCACAUGGGCUGUUCCAGUGUGACCUACAGUUAUAUAUACUAAAACACUAAGAAACAGAUCAUUUUCUUAUUAGAAACUUUAAAAACAACAACAAAAUUCAACCCUUAAGUUGUUGUUUAUUUGUGAGUUUUCUUUGCAUUUAAAGCUGAAGUAGGCCUAUGUCAUGUAAUUUUCUGUUUAAAAUCAUAUCCCAGAUACAGAGACUGUGAGUAAAGCCAUUCGUCGGUUAAUUUUCGCGAAAACUAUAAAGAUUCUCUCAGUUGCGCUAUGAAAAUUUCCCCAUUUGUUUUGAACGACCCGUCUAAACUCUGACUCGACCAAUGGCGUGAGUUGGGGGCGGGGUUACCUGUUCCACCAAUGACGUAUUCGGAAAGCUGUUUUGAAAACAGAUUUAUUUUUGAAAUUCCAUUAGGUGGCGCUAUUGGCGCAAAAAUGACAUACUUCAGCUUUCUGAAACUAGUGCGUUUUUUCUUCUCAUAAGAUAUCAUCAUAUCAGAACAGGCUACACAAGAAAGGGAAUUUACAUAGCAAAAUCACCAAAGCAUAUCGUGCCUUAGUGUUUAUCAUCGCAGACUUCGUCUAAUUGUGAGUAAAAGCAGGCUAUAUAACCUCACUUAACGUAUGUAUUUUGUCCCACAUUUUUGUCAAGCCAGUCUAGGCGAAGUUAGGUCACAUCUCUCUCGUACACCAAAUAAACACAUUCUAUCACUUCUGUUCAUGCCAAGUGAAAGGUGUUGAAAGUGCCUUUUGUGUUUUUCCAGCUCAGAAAAUUGACACCAAAAAAAAUUUGUAAUUUGAGUCAGAUUUGGAUUCUAUCACCAUAAUGCCUUUGACAUUUUAAAAGCGGGGAGAAAAAAUAAUUAAAUCGAAACCUGAUAGAAAAAAUGUUACUGCUCUCUCAUUUUGAUGGAAGGAUAUUUUAAUUUUAGUAGGAAUCAAAUGACAGAUCAGGAAUUUCUUAUCUACAAUAAGAAGGCAGUUCGUUAUGGUGUCAUGUAUAUAGCGGAAGGGAUUUCAUGUACACGAAGGCAUCAAGUGAAGUGACUUUAAUUACAAAGACAAGCAGACUAAUGAGUGACAGUUCACGUGCCGUCAUUACUGUGGGUAAAAUGACUCCUGAAUCUGAAUCAAACUGUUGAUCGCAGUCUUAUUUACCACAUAAGAUUGUGUUUUGUUUGUUUUUUGUCAGCCAUGUUUUACAUGAUUUGCAGAGUAUCUUUAACUGCAUUAAAAGAGAACACUAAUGUAUUUGACGCAGUUCUUGUUUGUUUUCAGAACCUUUUGUCUGGAGAGCACUGAAACGUUCAGUUUGGUAGCUGUUUUUAAAUAGGUGGACUCAUGUCAAAUAAUUGUUUUCAGUUGUGUAUAUUUUCCUUGAGGGGAAGAAAAAAAUAAACUUUUAGUGUUU